AUGACUCAUGAACAAGUUCCAGGCAAAACGUCAAAAAAUUCGAUUGCGAUUGAUGGAAACUAUACCGGAGGAGCAAUUGGUCCUAAACUUCAAUCUGUUGUUGAAUCGAUGGGGUAUGCAACUGCAAAUAAUUCAAAUCCAGAAAUCCAACUCUACUCGAAGACCGUUUGGCAAGGAUCUACAAGAAGACGAGUAUCAGAAGAUUGGUAUUUGAAGGCAGCAGUACGACAAACAAAAGUUAUACAUUCCGGGUCAUCGCCGGUGUUGUUGCAUGGUGAUCCUUGGUUAAGAAGGCCCUUCGAAGUCUGA